GCGCGUGCAGCUGGGGACGCUCGCUGGCCGCCUGCUGCGGUGAGACGCCCGGGCCGGCAUGACCAUGGCCGGGGGCCGGCGGGGGCUGGUCGCCCCGCAGAACACGUUUCUGGAGAAUAUCGUGCGGCGCUCCAACGACACUAAUUUUGUGUUGGGGAAUGCCCAGAUAGUGGACUGGCCCAUCGUGUACAGCAACGAUGGAUUCUGCAAGCUGUCCGGCUACCACAGGGCGGAAGUGAUGCAGAGGAGCAGCACCUGCAGUUUUAUGUAUGGAGAGCUGACUGACACAGACACGAUCGAGAAGGUGCGCCAGACCUUUGAGAACUAUGAGAUGAAUUCCUUUGAGAUUCUUAUGUACAAGAAGAACAGGACACCUGUGUGGUUCUUUGUGAAGAUUGCUCCAAUUCGAAACGAACAGGAUAAAGUGGUUUUGUUCCUUUGCACUUUCAGUGACAUAACCGCUUUCAAGCAGCCGAUUGAGGAUGACUCAAGCAAAGGCUGGGGGAAGUUUGCUCGGCUGACCAGAGCUCUGACAAGCAGCAGGGGCGUCCUGCAGCAGCUGGCUCCCAGCGUGCAGAAGGGCGAGAAUGUCCACAAGCACUCACGCCUGGCGGAGGUCCUGCAGCUGGGCUCAGACAUCCUUCCCCAAUACAAGCAAGAGGCACCAAAGACUCCACCUCAUAUCAUCCUGCACUACUGUGUAUUUAAGACCACGUGGGAUUGGAUCAUCCUGAUCUUGACCUUCUACACAGCCAUCCUGGUCCCUUACAAUGUCUCCUUUAAAACCAGGCAGAACAAUGUGGCCUGGCUGGUUGUGGACAGCAUCGUAGACGUCAUCUUUCUGGUGGACAUUGUGCUGAACUUUCAUACCACCUUUGUUGGACCAGCGGGGGAAGUGAUUUCUGACCCCAGACUUAUUCGCAUGAACUACCUGAAGACAUGGUUUGUGAUUGACCUUCUGUCCUGUCUGCCAUAUGACGUCAUCAACGCUUUUGAGAACGUGGAUGAGGUUAGUGCCUUUAUGGGUGAUCCAGGGAAGAUUGGUUUUGCUGAUCAGAUCCCACCACCACUGGAGGGGAGAGAGAGUCAGGGUAUCAGCAGCCUGUUCAGUUCUUUGAAAGUUGUCCGACUGCUCCGUCUUGGGCGAGUGGCCCGUAAGCUGGACCACUACAUCGAAUACGGCGCUGCGGUGCUGGUCCUGUUGGUGUGUGUGUUCGGGCUGGCCGCCCACUGGAUGGCCUGCAUCUGGUACAGCAUCGGGGACUACGAGAUCUUCGACGAAGACACCAAGACUAUCCGCAACAACAGCUGGCUCUACCAGCUGGCAGUGGAUAUCGGCACUCCAUACCAGUUCAAUGGGUCUGGCUCAGGGAAGUGGGAAGGCGGCCCCAGCAAGAACUCCGUCUACAUCUCCUCGUUGUACUUCACCAUGACCAGCCUCACCAGCGUGGGCUUUGGGAACAUUGCCCCGUCCACAGACAUCGAGAAGAUCUUCGCAGUGGCCAUCAUGAUGAUCGGCUCUCUUCUCUACGCCACCAUCUUCGGGAAUGUGACGACCAUUUUCCAGCAGAUGUACGCCAACACCAACAGAUACCAUGAGAUGCUCAACAGUGUUCGGGACUUCCUGAAGCUUUACCAGGUGCCCAAAGGGCUAAGCGAGCGUGUCAUGGACUACAUCGUAUCCACCUGGUCCAUGUCCAGGGGCAUCGACACUGAGAAGGUCCUGCAGAUCUGCCCCAAGGACAUGCGCGCUGACAUCUGUGUGCAUCUGAACCGCAAGGUGUUCAAGGAGCACCCUGCCUUCCGGCUGGCCAGUGAUGGCUGCCUGCGGGCCUUGGCCAUGGAGUUCCAGACGGUGCAUUGUGCCCCAGGGGACCUCAUUUACCAUGCUGGCGAGAGCGUGGACAGCCUCUGCUUCGUGGUCUCGGGCUCCCUGGAGGUGAUCCAGGAUGACGAGGUGGUGGCCAUCCUAGGGAAAGGAGACGUGUUUGGAGAUGUGUUCUGGAAGGAAGCCACUCUUGCACAGUCCUGUGCUAAUGUUAGGGCCUUGACCUACUGUGACCUGCAUGUGAUCAAGCGGGACGCCCUGCAGAAAGUGCUGGAAUUCUACACUGCCUUCUCUCACUCCUUCUCCCGGAACCUGAUUCUCACCUACAACCUAAGGAAGAGGAUUGUGUUCCGGAAGAUCAGUGACGUGAAACGGGAGGAGGAGGAGCGGAUGAAGCGGAAGAACGAGGCCCCGCUGAUCCUGCCUCCGGACCACCCCGUCCGGCGACUCUUCCAGAGGUUCCGGCAGCAGAAGGAGGCCAGGCUGGCAGCAGAGAGGGGCAUCCGGGACCCGGACGACCUGGACGUGGAGAAGGGCAGUGUCCUCAAGGACCACGCCUCGGUCAGCCGCAGCCUGGUGAAGGCCAGCAUCGUCACGGUGCGGGAGAGCCCCGCCACGCCCGUGUCCUUCCAGGCGGCCUCCACCCCUGCGGGGUCGGACCAGGCCAAGCUGCGCGCACCGGGCUCCGAGUGCCCGGGCCCCAAGGGGGGCGACUGUGCCAAGCGCAGAGGCUGGGCCCGCUUCAGAGAUGCGUGCGGGAAGGGCGAGGACUGGAACCAGGUGUCCAAGGCGGAGUCCAUGGAGACGCUGCCCGAGAGGACAAAGGCGGCCGGCGAGGCCACGCUGAAGAAGACAGACUCGUGCGACAGUGGGAUCACCAAGAGCGACCUGCGUCUGGACAACGCGGGCGAGGCCAGGAGUCCGCAGGACCGGAGCCCCAUCUUGGCGGAGGUCAAGCACUCUUUCUAUCCCAUCCCCGAGCAGACACUCCAGGCCACAGUUCUGGAGGUCAAGCACGAGUUGAAGGAGGACAUCAAGGCCUUGAAUGCCAAAAUGACCAGCAUCGAGAAGCAGCUGACGGAGAUACUCAGGAUAUUAACCUCCAGAAGAGCCUCCCAGUCUCCCCAGGAGCUGUUCGAGCUCUCCAGGCCCCAGUCCCCAGAGUCCGAGAGAGACAUUUUCGGAGCCAGCUGAGAGAAUUGUUUCAGAACAAAACAACAAAUCAAAAGACAAAAGCCCACACCCCUGCCCUGGAUACCUCCCACCCCACCACCCAUGUGAUCAACAGUAGGCUUUUCCAGACAGGAGAUCAAAGUGGGGACAGGUAUGGAUCCAUGCCCUGUCUCUCUCUGGAAAAGAUAAGGGGGAUGUGGCCGGGCACCCUGCAAGACGGCAGGGGCAUCCAACAGCCUUGCACAGCGGUGGAAGGCGGGACAUGCUGUCUCUCUGAAGGGUGUUUUCCUUCAUUUAAAUUUUUUUUACCACUACGAUAUUUAUGAAAGAUUAACCCUACUGGGGAAGAGCGGCAGCCACGUGAGGACUGGCAGGUCGGUGCCGAGGACCCCGCAGGCUUAGACCACGAAGUCUCCGUCCCUGACAUCGCUGUUUUCCUACUCACGUCAUUUGAAACAAGCUCAUGAUAAGGGGAGCUUGCAGGACAGUGAGGAGCACCUCUCCAUGGUCUCUGAGGGUAAAGGCAGAACAGUGGGUGCUGUGCGUGCCUUCCCCCACACACAGCACAGAUCUUCAGGUUUCCUUGCCCAGGAGUGGAGAGGCACACGUAAGGGCUGGGGCAGACUCUGUUGCAUGGUCCACAGUUUGCUCCUCUGGGACGAUUGACGGGGAUGCUCUUGACCCCAGGUGACCGUCUGGCUCUGCUCUGCGCUGCUUCCUUCCCACCUUGAUCUCUUCCCAGGUGUUACCGUGGCUUUCCUCAGGGUAUGGAGCACUGGUAGGAAGGGGCAGGAGCCCCGUUGCUUUGCUAACAAAGUAGACACACACAACCUCAGAAAAAUGAUUGUAGCAAGUGCUCUGUUCAUAUUUUGAUUCUCAUGGGGAUUUCUAUCCGCUGCAUGAGGUUAUUAGAGGACACGCAGGAGCCACACUUAGCCUUAUCUGAAAGCAAAUCCAUUUCCUACUUUAAAAAAAGAUGGCAGGAUCAUGCAUAUCCUCCAGGGAGCUGGAGAAAAGAGUGAAUAAAGCCCUGGUUUUUAAGAUGUGUCAGUGAGGAGCAGGGGAAUGUGAUGUGGGAACUAUGGUCUGGGGGGAUACACAGAGCCAUGUCUGUGCCAUGCAAAUCCCCCACACCAUGAUGCUCAGGGACACUUGCUGCCUCGGUUGCCAGAAGGCUUGGAUUUCUCUCAGUAGCAUCAGACAGGAAAGAGCUGCCAGUCCAGGGCACACCGGAGACAAAGCUCAGUACUGAAGUGCUGUCAGGAUUCAGAACUGUAGUAUUUCCAGGGAACCUGACCAGUCAGAUCUGCUUACCAAAGAUUCUCAGUGUUUCAAGGGUGUCUGUCUAGGGCUGCCCACCCUGGCCCCUUUAAGUCAUACUCAGUGGUUAUGGCGUAUGCUGGGACUUAACCCAGAGCUGUCUGUACAGGAUAUGUGGCCCUGGGAGGUCAACAGUGUGUACAUAUGUAGGUUUACACAAUGCUCACAAGGACGGCCCCUAGCAUCCAACACUGAGACACUAUUAGAUUGUUUUGGAUGGCAACAUUCAGAGGCAUUCACUGAUGACUCUGAGUAAAGCUGGGUCCUUGGUCUAACUCCAGUUGAUGCCAACCACCCCUUGGGGCAGAGGCUGUGAAGUUUCUAGAGGGGUACCUGUCAGCCGCCCCCUCAAUGUCCUUGAAUAUCACCCCUCAAACGCACUUGUUGGCUGUGUAGGAGUCCCUAGUUACCCCACUGUCUGGCUUUCAGGAGCAUCCACCCCUGGAAACCCUUACAGAAUGCUCCAGGGCAUGAUGAGGGGCGCAGCCAGUGGGCAGAGGCCCUUCUCCGUCCUGCCAGCUCUGUCUGAGGAAGGCAGGCAUCCUUGUGUUUCCCCCAAUCUGGAUCUGAUGCUGGAGCUGAUGAAACACCCACUCUUGUGUAGGGACAAAUGAAGCUUCAGGCUGCACUCCGGGGUCACUGCAAUUUGGGCUAAUGAUGGAAGUCAAGACCCUGGGGGAGAGAGGAAUCUCAUGGCCCAUCAGAGUUCCUGUGGGUAGCACUGAAGGAACAUGUGAACGUGGCUUUUAUUUCUCUCCAUUUAAGGAUGUUAUGGAGUUUUGCUGUAAUUUCUUUGAAACAAUUUUUGAAUGAGCCAACCCAUCUCUACUUUCCUUUUACGACAUGCACUGGGCCAAAGGCUACUUUGUGACAACCACCUACCCUUGUAAGGACACAACUAGGGUCCUGAGCAAGGACCACAAGCUUCAGAAAGCACCUCCCUGCGUCUUCCUGAAUUAACCAUUAUCUGGUGGCUGGGAAGGAAAGAGUUGCUCAAUAUUAAACUGAACACUGAAACUUUGUCCUUUUGAAGUAGACAUGUACCUGAUAUGUUCUACCACGCUCAGUAAGCACUGGCCACCAGGUCUCUCUACUCCCCACUGUGAAUGGCUUCCACUGGGAAGCUCCAUUUCCAACCAGCUGUCCUGAAGUGAGGUAGUCCCCCUUGUCUCCUGACUGUGGGACCUGCUCUCCUCCUCUGAGGGUAUACAGGAAUGUGGCUGGGCAUCGCAGCAAAAUGGCAGAGCCGAUUUGCCAUUCUUGGUGGGCACAUGGAUGCCAUCGAUGCAUGUUUCCAUUUCAUACAUCAGCAGUAGGCUCCUCCACUAGCCGUAGUGUGCUUGCCUUUGCAAAGCUCUGGUUUAGCACACAGUUAAUACAACUUCCUUACAUUCACGCUGCAGCAAGUAUUUAACAGCUAUGUCCAUUUCUGCAGCCUUCAGCAAGUUGUUUUUUGUUUCGGUGCUGGAGGUCAAGGUCAGGCCCUUGCUCAUGCUAGGCAAGUGCUGUACCACUGAGCCGUACCUCUAGCCCUCAACAAGCUUUUGGAAACUCAUGCAUAGCUUUGAUUUCUUGUUACCUGGUUGCUGGAGCCUGUUACAGCCUCCAUCUCUCAGAGCCUCUGUGCUGCCUCAAAAGGUUAACUGGGAAAGGACUAAAAAUACACUCAGCCACUCCUCCCCUCCCAAUGAAGCACUCCAGCUUCCAAAUUGUUAGGUGGGAGAAAAGAAUGCCAAGUAGGUCCAGGUUGGAGUAGAGACUGAAUUCUUUAGGAAUAACAGUCAGAGGCAGGUCUCCAUCUCUGUCACACUGAAAUCUCACAGACACUCUCAAGAGUCGUGGUAAAGAUGCAGGUCCUGGGUGCCACUGUUUUGCAAUAAAGACGUUUAGCCUUAAGACCCUUGAGUGGAACCCCAGCUGCGAUGCAGCCGCAAAUGCCCCUUCUUCUCUCCUCCCCAGUGUUGCUUAGAAAGGAGGUCCACCGCGGUUCCCCGCAGCCUCUAGGGGCCUCUCCCACGUCAGCGUCCCUGCUCCAUAAACUGCCUUUACUCCGGUCAAAAACUACCUUCACCAGCUCCUGUGGCCUCCACUCAGAUGAACCUUUGUUGUCCCGAGCAUCCAAGAAAGUACCAUUUUCCCACCAAAGGUGUUGGUGUCGAGACUCGUUAGUAGCCCCACAGUUCAAAGGACUAAAUGUGAAUUUCCCUGAAGCUUAAAUUCCUUUCAAAUGAAACUUCAAUUUCCCAGUAGUUAUCAGACUUAUUCUGGAACUUUCAAACUGGUUUUGAAGACCUGGUGGGGCCCUCUCCACCUGCUGUUCAUCAUUCAGAGCACUGUCUCUUUACCUGUGACUUCCGAGUCAUCCGAUGGAUCCAUUGGUUUUUUGAGGAGUUCACCAACCUUGUAUGAGAAGAUGGACUGCUUUCAUGUUGAGAAUGAAGCAGCCUUUCAUGAAUGUACCCUGACUAUUCAGACACUGUAUUUAUGCAUCAGUUGGGGACUGUCUGAAUCCAGUAUUUCACUGAAAGGACACUUGGACUGACAAGCAGGUCACCACUCUGGGGCUUCUCCUUUUAGGAACAUUCUGGAUCGAAUCCUGCCAAAUCCUUUAUCAGGUUUCUCUCUCUCUUUCCCAUUUGUCACUUUGUCUGAAUGAGCAUGAAUAAACAGAAGCCCAAACACAUUAAGGCUGUUGUUGUGGUCAGCUGAGGGUGCUGCCCAGAGCUCCGCUGUAUGGCUGUGCAGAUGUGACGAGGAGCACACGGGCACACGUGGAUGAUACCCCCUUCGACAUUUUUAAACAAGCACAAAUGAUAUUUGUAAAAAAAAAAAAAAA